AAAAAAAUCUACACACAACAAAAUCCCAAAUCUCCCUCUUCUCCCUCUCUCUCUCUCUUUCUCCCUCGCUCUCUCGAGUGUUUCAGCCUUGAAAAAGGAAAAUAAAAGGAAAUCAGCAAUCGAUUGGUUUCAUUUUUACGCUAUCUUUCAGUUGUUUCUCUCUCUUGAACUGUCGCCAUUGUUCUCUCUCUCUCUCUCUCUCUUCAGAGGCCGGCCUUGUUGUGGUGAGGUAGGUUAUCUAGAGGUACGAGGGAAGGUAAAUAGAAAGACGGCUACAUGGAUUCUUUACAGCAGAGAAGGACCGCCUUGGUAUCGCUAUCGCCGUCACAGACUCCGCGCUCCAGUGAUAAAUCAAUGCGAGAUCUGCGAUCGGGUGACUCGAAUUCGAGUAACAAGCAUGACAAAGAUAAGGGCGUUAAUGUGCAGGUUAUUGUGCGGUGCAGGCCAUUGAGUGAAGAUGAGAUGAGAUUACAUACACCGGUGGUCAUUUCAUGCAAUGAGGUUUUUGGUCCAACAUCCCAGCCAAAGGAAUUGUUCGAUCAAGCUGUCUCUUCAAUUGUUUAUGAAGUUCUUGAGGGCUAUAACUGCACCAUCUUUGCCUAUGGUCAGACAGGAACAGGGAAGACAUAUACAAUGGAAGGAGGAGCACGGAAAAAGAAUGGGGAAUUCCCCAGUGAUGCAGGUGUUAUCCCUAGAGCUGUUAAACAAAUUUUUGACAUUUUAGAAGCCCAGAGUGCUGAAUACAACAUGAAAGUUACAUUUUUAGAGCUUUACAAUGAAGAGAUAACGGAUCUUUUGGCACCAGAGGAAACUUCAAAGUUCGUAGAUGACAAAGCUAAAAAACCUAUAGCUCUUAUGGAGGAUGGAAAAGGAGGUGUUUUUGUGAGAGGCUUGGAAGAAGAGAUAGUAAGCACUGCAAAUGAAAUUUACAAAAUCUUGGAAAAAGGUUCUGCUAAAAGGCGCACUGCAGAGACUCUUCUUAAUAAACAAAGUAGUCGCUCUCACUCAAUAUUCUCUAUUACAAUUCACAUUAAGGAGUGUACUCCGGAAGGGGAAGAGAUGAUUAAAUGUGGGAAGCUAAAUCUUGUUGACCUUGCUGGUUCUGAGAAUAUUUCACGAUCUGGGGCACGAGAGGGAAGAGCUCGGGAGGCUGGAGAGAUUAACAAAAGUUUGCUUACACUUGGUCGUGUCAUUAAUGCUCUUGUUGAACACUCAGGUCAUGUUCCAUAUAGAGAUAGCAAAUUAACAAGGUUAUUGAGGGAUUCCUUGGGAGGAAAAACAAAAACGUGCAUAAUUGCCACAAUUUCACCCUCCAUCCAUUGUUUGGAAGAAACACUCAGCACUCUUGAUUAUGCACAUCGUGCAAAAAAUAUCAAGAAUAAACCAGAGAUUAAUCAGAAGAUGAUGAAAUCUGCCAUGAUCAAAGAUUUGUAUUCUGAAAUUGAUCGGCUGAAACAAGAAGUAUAUGCUGCAAGGGAGAAAAAUGGAAUUUAUAUUCCAAAGGAUCGAUAUCUUCAAGAAGAAGCAGAAAAGAAGGCAAUGGCUGAAAAGAUAGAACGUAUGGAGCUUCAUGCAGAGUCCAAAGAUAAGCAAUUGGUUGAGCUUCAGGACCUGUACAAUUCUGAGCAAGGUUUAACAGAAGAAUUAAGUGAAAAGCUUGAAAAAACUGAGAAAAAACUCGAGGAAACUGAGCAUUCAUUAUUUGAUCUUGAAGAAAAACACAGACAAGCAAAUGCAACAAUUAAAGAGAAGGAAUUUGUGAUCUGUAAUCUUCUCAAAUCUGAAAAAUCACUUAUUGAGCAUGCAUUUGAGCUUCGAUCGGAGUUAGAAAAUGCAGCAUCAGAUGUGUCCAACUUGUUUGCCAAAAUUGAAAGGAAGGAUAAAAUCGAGGAUGGAAACAGGGUACUUAUCCAAAAAUUCCAGUCACAAUUGACCCAGCAGCUUGAGAUCUUGCAUAGAACUGUGGCAGCUUCUGUGACUCAACAAGAGCAGCAACUGAAAGACAUGGAAGAAGAUAUGCAGUCCUUUGUAUCAACUAAAGCUGAUGCUACUGAUCAACUACGAGGAAGGUUAGGAAAAUUGAAGACCACAUAUGGUUCUGGCAUCAAAGCUCUUGAUGAUAUAGCAGGCAAACUUGAUGGAAAUUCACAGUCAACUUUUGGCCAUUUGAAUACUGAAGUUUCUAACCAUUCACAUGCAUUGGAGGAUCUCUUCAAAGGAAUUGCUUUGGAGGCUGAUGAAUUGCUUGAUGAUCUCCAAAGUAGUCUUCACCAGCAAGGGGAGAAGCUAACUGCUUUUGCACGACAACAGCGCGAGGCACAUUUUAGGGCUGUGGAAACUGCAAGGUCGGUUUCUAGAGUAACAGUUGACUUCUUCAAGACCCUAGACAUGCAUGCGUCCAAGCUAACUCAAAUUGUAGAGGAAGCACAGACAGUCAAUGAUCAGAAAUUAUCUGAAUUUGAAAAGAAAUUCGAGGAGUGUGCUGCCAACGAAGAAAGGCAAUUAUUAGAAAAAGUGGCAGAACUAUUAGCAAGUUCAAAUGCUCGAAAGAAAAAACUGGUCCAGAUGGCAGUGCAUGAUCUCCGGGAGAGUGCAUCCACCAGAACCAGCAAUUUACAGCAAGAGAUGUCGACUAUGCAGGAUUCCACUUCUUCUAUCAAAGCUGAAUGGACAGUCCACAUGGAGAAAACAGAAUCUCGCUACCUUGAGGAUACAUCUGCUGUUGAGAGUGGAAAGAAAGGAAUGCAAGAUGUUCUUCUUAACUGUUUGGAGAAGGCAAAGAUGGGUGCACAACAGUGGAGGGAUGCUCAAGAAUCCUUGCUCAGUUUAGAAAAGAGCAAUGUUGUUUCUGUAGAUUCAAUUGUCAGAGGAGGGAUGGAUGCCAACCAAACUCUUCGUGCUCAAUUUUCUUCUGCUGUGUCAACUGCUCUCGAAGAUGUGGAUGCUGCAAACAGCAAUGUUCUUACAUCUGUUGACCAUUCAUUACAACUUGACAAUGACGCGUGCACGAAUCUCAAUUCCAUGAUUGUUCCUUGCUGCGGGGAUUUAAGAGAAUUAAAGGGUGACCACUACCACAAGAUUGUGGAGAUUACAGAGAAUGCCGGGAAAUGCCUUCUUGAUGAAUACACUGUGGAUGCACCAUCCUGUUCAACACCAAGGAAAAGGUCAUUCAACCUUCCCAGUAUUGCAUCGAUCGAGGAACUUAGAACGCCAGCCUUUGAGGAAUUGUUGAAAACAUUCUGGGAUUUGAAAUCGACAAAGCAGGCAAAUGGAGACAUCAAACAGCACAUGAAUGGAGCAUAUGACUCCAGGGUUCCUCUCACUGCUAUUAACUAAAGUGAAAGAAGGACCAUUUUCCAGGUACAGUAGUAGUAAGAAGAAACCGUGUACAGAAAAUUAUAAUAUGGGAACAUCAACUCUCUCUUCUUAUUUCAUUAAUUGUUUGUUUAAA